AUGCCUCCAAAACGUAAGGGCGACGCAGUAACUCCACCAAAGCCCGCGAAGAAAGCCAAGACCGGCGGCACUCCUACGCGCACAUCCCCGCGCAACAAGACCGGUAGUGAGACACCACCCGCAACCAGCACCGGCAAGAAGCCGAGGAAGCCGGCGCAUCCCGGAUCGAAAGCAGUCAAGGCCCCAGACGAAGACGCCAACUUCGAAUGGGAGAUCUUAGACGGCGACGAACGCUCGACGCUCGUCGUCGGUAAGGACCAAUCAAAUCGACUGACACUCACGUUCCACCAUCGACAUGACAGGAACGAGAAAGAUCGAGUCUUUACAUACGAAAGGAGGGAAGCGACUGAUAUCGACUGGAACUCCAAGGACCACAUUAGGGACAUCAACAAGUGGCGCAACCAAAUCUUCGUCCAGAACAUGAAGUUCCCUCCCAAGGUCACCCACACGCCAUGGACUCCGUUCGAGACCGCCUAUCUCGAGCUGUUCCACGAAAAGCUCCUGGAAGCUGCUACUGGCAAGACGGAUACCUUUGUGGCGCCACACAACGAAGUCAUCUACAAGGCUUUCAACGACUACUUUGAGGACCGGACCGAUAUUCGGGACAAGAGCGGCAAACCUAUAGAGGAGGGUCUCGGUACCAGGCCCCCGGGUGGGCUGAAUUCGUACCUCAACCGUGCUGGUACUACGCUCCGUGGCCUGCGAGAUCGCAUGGGCGCGCUGAAACCUAAGCUUAAGAAGAGCAAGAAGGAGGAUACAUGGAUGCCUGACAUCACCGACGACGAAAUCGCGCAGUAUAUCAAAGGAGAGCGGGAGUCGGCUGUCGAUCCUGCUCCUGCUGCGGCUGAUGACGAGGUCAAUGAAGAAGAAGAUGAUGAUGAAGAUCAAGCUGAGGAUGAAGCUGAAGGAGAGGAUGAAGAUCAAGCUGAGGAAGAAGACGACGGUAAUAUCUCCGAUGGUUCUACUCUUACCACACCACCUGACACGGACGAAGAACUUGAAAGCAUGGAGAUCUUUGAGCGCGAACAACAAGCUAAGCGUCUGAUAGUAAAGCUUAAGCUUAAACCCAGCACAGCCAGCAAAUUUCCAGGAAGCAAACGUCCAACCACGAAGCCUACGACAACCAAGUCUACAACAACUAAACCUACAACAACCAAGCCCACGACAACCAAGCCUACAACCAGCAAUCCCGCACCAAACACGCGAAGUACUAGUAAGGCCACCUCGGGCAGGUCAAGCACCCGUUCUUCUCCGCCACCUCCCCCAGAGAAAAGCACCAAGAAGACGAGCCCCGCCAAGAAAACGAUGACGGAUGCACGAAAGACUACGGAAACGCCCGAAACGACCGAAGUGCCCGAAGCGCCCGAGCCAAAGGGAAAGCCGCGAUGGGUCAAGCCCGCUGAGACGGCAGUCAUACCCGACCCGCCAGAAGUUUUCGCAGCCGACAAAGCUGCGGGCUGGAAGUGGUCGGCCAUGCCCAAGUCAGACGAAGAAGCACUCGAACUACAACGAGCUUCCAAACCCGCAGGCUCAGUCGACAAUACCUGGAACCAUCAAGCGAUUGAGGAUCUCGAUAAACGCAUCAAGAGGAACGAAAAGUAUGACUUCGACCACGAGGCCUUCAACAGCGACUUGCAAGAGGACCCUUUUGUGAAGAAGAAGGCUGCUCGACGUGAGUUUGAGGAUUGGCAUGAGGGACACGCUCGCGAAAAAGGUGCAGCAGCAGUUACUGGGUUGCUCAACACCGCAGAUAUCCCGCCCGUUGGAUACACGGGCGACUUGAAAGAUCUCGUCACGAAGAAACAGCUACCGGAGGAUGAGCUUGUGCUAGCUGAGUCCCGCGACGCUGCGAUCAAGAAGAAGGACGCCCUGAUCGAGAGGAAAUUUCGUCCCAAGAAGGGUCAACUGCAGCAGAGGAAUGUCAUGGAUGACUCUGAGUCUACAGGCGAUGAGUCGGUCGAUGACGAGGAUGAGUCAGAGGAUGAUGAUGAGGAGCUUUGA